AGAGAGAGAGAGGUGUUAUAUAUGCCUUCACUUUGCUAGGGUUUUUGGUUGCCUCUUCCCCAAUCUUCCCCGAGAGCGAGCGAGAGAGAGAGAGAGAGAGAGAGAGAGAUGAAGACGAUACUGUCGUCGGAGACCAUGGACAUCCCAGAUGGGGUGAAGAUCAAAGUGAAGGCGAAGAUGAUCGAAGUGGAGGGCCCAAGAGGAAAGCUGACACGCAACUUCAAGCAUUUGAACUUGGAUUUCGAGCUGAUCACAGAUGCGGAAACGGGGAAGAAGAAGCUGAAGAUCGAUGCAUGGUUCGGAUCUCGCAAGACCACAGCCGCCAUUCGCACCGCUCUCAGCCACGUCGAUAAUCUCAUCAAGGGAGUCACCAAGGGCUACCGCUACAAGAUGCGAUUCGUCUACGCUCACUUUCCCAUCAACGCUAGCAUCACCAACACCAACAAGUCCAUCGAGAUCCGCAAUUUCCUUGGCGAAAAGAAGGUGAGGAAAGUUGAUAUGCUUGAAGGGGUUUCCAUUCUUCGGUCUGAAAAAGUUAAGGAUGAACUGGUCUUGGAUGGAAAUGAUAUUGAGCUUGUCUCUCGGUCUGCUGCCCUGAUAAACCAAAAAUGCCAUGUUAAGAACAAGGAUAUCCGGAAGUUCCUUGAUGGUAUCUAUGUCAGCGAGAAGGGAGCAAUAGCCGAGGAAGAGUGAUUAUUAUGUAGUAGCUAUACAUGGUGGUUUCUUUUUUUAACGUAUCAGGUAGAUGUGUUCUUGUUUAGCUUGAAGUUCAAUUUUGUUUUGUCAAGAGUUAAAUGCUUAAUAUGACAAUAUGUUUGGUUUACUACCAUUCAUUCAUAAUAUUCUCGGUGUUUCCUUGAAUGGGUUGUUUUUGCUGGAUUUUUGAAGCAUGUUGACUACAAAUGAUUUGAUUGCCAUGGAGCUUUAAAUUAUUAUUUGUUGA